GCCAAACAUCUUCGACCAAAUUAAACUAACAAGAGAUUCAAUUGCAAAGUUAUGGAGGUGUUAGUGUCCAGUCCUGCUAGGGAUUUCGAUUUCGAUUUCAAUGGAGGCAGAACUACUUCGCCUUACUUGAGCCUCCCUUCUUCACCCAAGCGUUUUGGCGAAUGCUAUCUAAGUGCUCCCGCCAGUCCAUCUAGACUCUCCGAGCUUGUUUCUGAAUUUGAGUAUUUUCCCACCACAGCCAAACACGACGACGACGAUCAUGGCGAUUAUAGUUUCGCGUUUGAUGUUAGCCGGGAAUCGGAGAAAUCGUCGGUCGCCGCUGAAGAUCUGUUUGAUGGCGGCAAAAUCAAGGCUCUAAAGUCUCCAUCCCGACUGGUGGCCAACGAAUUCGCAUCCAUUAGAAGCCCGCUUGUAUCUCCGAGGAAAUCAAGAUCGCCGAUGGAGGUGAUUAACGACGCUUUCUCACCUAAAAAGAAGGAAAUGCAGGAGAGAAGAGGAAGAGACAGAACUCCGGCAUCGAUGUCUUCUUCGAAUUCGGGUCGCAGAGCCUCGCGAUCUCUAUCUCCUUACAGAAAUUCUGACUAUGCAUGGGAAGAAGAACGAUACGUGCCACAACAACAACGAAUCUCAAAAGAGGAGUCGUCGUCGAAUUCCAGAGCUUUACUCACAUCCGCAUCUGGCAAUUCCAAGAGCUCGAGAAAAUGGAGAUUGAGGGACUUGUUGUUGUUCCGUAGCGCAUCGGAAGGGCGAGGGUCGAACAAGGAUUCAUUACGGAAAUACUCUGUUGCGUACAGAAGACCUGAAGAAGUUAAGAUUUCUAGCUUUAGAUCUGUAGACAGCCCCACGGCAGCACAUGGGUCGAAAAGAGGGGGAGCGAAAUCGGCGCAUGAAUUGCACUAUGCUAUGAAGAAGGCUGAGACGCAGGAUUUGAAGAAGAAAACUUUCUUGCCUUACAAACACGGGAUUUUGGGCGCCCUCGCUGGAUUUGGAUCUUUGACGAGAUAAUGAUGACGACCUCCACGACAGUUUUCUCCAAUUUCUUUCUUUCUUUUUGGGUCAACGAAACAAGUUGUAUUCUUUUAUUUGAAAGAAGCGAUGUGUUCUCCUUCAAUGUUUCGCGCUAGAUUUCUUAGCAUUGUUCGAUCAUCUUUUGUCAUUUCAAGUGUAAUUAUACCCUAAUGGUGAAAUUAUCCAAAUAUAGACUCUUGCUUA